AUGCAGUCUCCCACAGCCAAGUAUGGGAAUCCUGUUCCCAGAGAUUGGCAAGGAGCUCUAAAAUUUUCUUUUGGAUUUGGUCCUGGUUUUCGGACGCCUAACAGCACCGCGCGACUUCAUGUUAAUAACGCAGUAGAAAUAAAAUCCAUUUAUAAUGUUAUUGGAACAAUUUAUGGUCGUGAGGAACCAGACAGAUACGUAUUAAUCGGCAGUCAUCGAGAUGCUUGGUUUUUGGGAGCCGCUGACCCUUCGAGUGGCACCGCAGCUCUAUUGGAAAUAUCGCGCGCUGUCAGCAAGAUGCUUCGAGAAGGAUGGAGACCUCGACGAACCUUGAAGUUCUGUAGUUGGGGGGCGGAGGAGUUUGGCCUGAUUGGCUCAAUAGAAUGGGUAGAACAAAAUCAGAAGAUUCUAUCCGAUAGAGCCGUUGUUUAUUUGAACACAGACGUGGCCGUUGGUGGCAAUUACGUAUUGGCAACCCAAAAUUGCCCCCUUCUCUCGACAGCCAUAUUUGAUUGGGCCAAGAAAGUCAAAGAUCCCAACGCACACGGGAAUAAAACAAGCCUGUAUGACAUAAUGGUGGAAAGAAUGCCUUCACCCAACAAUCCCAGCGAGCCCUAUGUUGUACCUUACUUUUUUCUCAGUGAUUACGUCCCUUUUUAUAUGUAUCUGGGGAUACCUUCCGCCGAUUUCAGCUAUUUCUAUGGGCCUGGAAUGGAACUGUACCCUGUCUAUCACACGCAAGAAGACAACUUUUACUGGAUGAAAACAUUCAUCGAUCCUAAGUUUGAGUUUCACGAGGCUGUUACAAAAUUUGAAGGAGGCUUACUGAUAGAACUGUCAGACAUCUCUAUUUUACCAUUCGAUGUCAAGCGUUACGCAAAUGCUCUACUCGCCGGGUAUAACGUACUACCCGCAAAAAUGCAUAGCGAAACACUUCCGACUAAAUACAUUCAAAGAGCAAUUUAUGACUUUAUGAAUGCCAGCCAUACUUUCGAACGAGCCAAGUCAAAAAUUAAUCUGAAAACUGCUGAUCCAUUGCGCGUGCGCAUGGUCAAUGAUCAAAUGGUGCAAAUUGAGAAGGCUUUCAUCAGUUCUUCGACGCUUUCCGAAAGUUUUAUAUCCCGACACUUGUUUUCGCGCACAGCUUUACCUUUCCCAGGGGUGUUCCAGGCAUAUAAAGAAGGAGACAUAAAUGAAGUGAAAAAACAGAUGACGUUAGUGGCGGAAGCCAUCUCUUCUGCAACGAAAAUCUUACAGCUGCCACCUCCUGCCUAAGGUACUUGCUUAAAACAGUGAAGGUAUAAAGUGAACAUCUAGUCUGUUCUUUUACUUGCCUGGUUAAAGCUGAAUGCAGUUUACAUAUCGCAGUAUUAUGUUUUUCUCCUGAUGAGAAUUUUGAUUAAAUAUAGACCGUGAUUUGUUCCACUUCAUUCGACUCUUGCAUGUUAAAUUCAUGUUUAGGCGCGAACAAAAUUGAUGUCUCUAAAUGAAAGAGAAAUGUAAGUAGACAUAACUAAAGCAAAUGUAACUAUGAGUGCAAAAAUUCAAUUGUAGGCAAAUGCAAGAAAAAUUG